AUGGGCUGCGUUGUUGGUGUCAUCAGGUGUCCAAUAUGCCGCCAAGAAUGCAGACAAAUCGACCUUGUGGACAACUACUUUGUGAAGGACACAUCAGAAGCACCGAGUAGCUCUGAUGAAAAGUCAGAACAGGUGUGUACCAGUUGUGAAGAUAAUUCUAGUGCUGUUGGUUUUUGUGUGGAGUGUGGGGAAUGGCUGUGCAAGACGUGCAUAGAAGCUCAUCAGCGAGUAAAAUUUACUAAAGAUCAUAUGAUCAGAAAGAAAGAGGAUGUCUCUUCAGAGGCCGUGGGAGCAUCCGGUCAGCGUCCUGUUUUCUGUCCUGUCCACAAACAAGAACAGUUAAAACUUUUCUGUGAAACAUGUGACAGACUGACAUGCAGAGACUGUCAGUUAUUGGAACACAAAGAACACAGGUAUCAGUUUUUGGAAGAAGCAUUUCAGAAUCAGAAAGGUGCAAUUGAGAAUCUGCUAGCCAAACUUCUUGAAAAGAAGAAUUAUGUUAAUUUUGCAGCUACUCAAGUCCAGAAUAGGAUAAAAGAAGUAAAUGAAACUAAUAAACGAGUAGAACAAGAAAUCAAAGUGGCCAUUUUCACCCUCAUCAAUGAGAUCAAUAAAAAGGGAAAAUCUCUCUUACAGCAGCUUGAGAAUGUGACGAAGGAGAGACAGAUGAAGUUAAUACAACAGCAGAAUGACAUAACUGGUCUUUCACGGCAGGUGAAGCAUGUGAUGAACUUUACUAAUUGGGCCAUUGCAAGUGGCAGUAGCACUGCACUACUCUACAGCAAGCGGCUGAUUACAUUCCAGUUGCGCCAUAUUUUAAAGGCACGUUGUGAUCCUGUCCCGGCUGCCAACGGAGCAAUACGCUUCCAUUGUGACCCCACGUUCUGGGCAAAGAACGUUGUCAAUUUAGGUAAUCUUGUUAUUGAAAAUAAACCAUCCCCUGGUUACACUCCAAAUGUGGUCGUUGGACAGGCUCCUCCAGGAACAAAUCACAUCAACAAAGCCCCAGGACAAAUUAAUCUAGCACAGCUCCGGCUUCAGCAUAUGCAGCAGCAGGUGUAUGCACAAAAACAUCAGCAGUUGCAACAAAUGAGAAUGGGACAACCAGCUGGCCCAGUCCCUAGGCAGACAGGCCCGCAAAUGUUACAGCAACAGCCUCCCAGGUUGAUCAGCAUGCAGACCAUGCAGAGGGGGAACAUGAACUGCGGGGCUUUCCAGGCGCACCAGAUGAGAAUGGCUCAGAACGCUGCACGCAUACCGGGAAUACCGCGCCACAAUGGACCACAGUACUCCAUGAUGCAGCCUCACCUUCAAAGACAACAUUCUAAUCCAGGGCAUGCAGGACCUUUUCCAGUUGUUUCAGUGCACAACAACACUAUCAAUCCCACCAGUCCUACAACAGCUACAAUGGCAAAUGCAAACCGUGGUCCAACAAGUCCAUCUGUUACAGCAAUAGAACUCAUUCCUUCAGUGACAAAUCCAGAGAAUCUCCCUUCCCUGCCAGAUAUCCCACCCAUUCAGCUGGAAGACGCUGGAUCAAGUAGCUUGGAUAACCUACUCAGCAGGUACAUCUCAGGCAGUCACCUACCCCCUCAGCCAACGAGCACCAUGAACCCUUCCCCGGGGCCCUCAGCCCUGUCUCCAGGAUCAUCAGGUUUAUCAAAUUCCCACACCCCAGUGAGGCCGCCUAGCACCUCUAGCACGGGCAGCAGGGGGAGCUGUGGUUCAUCAGGCAGAACUGCUGAGAAGACGGGCAUUACUUUCAAGUCUGACCAAGUGAAAGUCAAGCAGGAGCCUGGGACGGAGGAAGAGAUAUGUAGUUUCUCAGGAGCAGUGAAGCAAGAAAAAACAGAGGAUGGCAGAAGGAGCGCAUGCAUGCUUAGCAGUCCCGAGAGCAGCUUGACACCACCUCUGUCUGCGAACUUGCAUCUGGAAAGCGAGUUGGAAUCUUUGGGGAGUCUUGAAAACCAUGUAAAAGCUGAACCAGCAGAUUUAAGUGAAAGCUGCAAGCAAUCUGGGCAUAGUCUGGUAAAUGGGAAAUCCCCAGUAAGAAGUCUAAUGCAUCGGUCAGCACGAGUGGGAGAAGGCAACAACAAGGAGGAUGAUCCAAAUGAAGAUUGGUGUGCCGUAUGCCAAAAUGGAGGGGAUCUCUUAUGUUGUGAAAAGUGCCCAAAGGUGUUUCACCUCACUUGUCACGUACCGACACUUCUCAGCUUCCCCAGUGGGGAGUGGAUAUGUACGUUCUGCAGAGAUCUGAGCAAACCUGAAGUAGAAUAUGAUUGUGACAAUUUGCAACAUAGUAAGAAGGGGAAAACAGCACAAGGCUUAAGUCCGGUGGACCAAAGGAAAUGUGAACGUCUCCUGCUUUACUUAUAUUGCCAUGAGCUGAGCAUUGAAUUCCAAGAGCCAGUCCCCGCCUCGAUACCAAACUACUAUAAAAUUAUAAAGAAACCAAUGGAUUUAUCAACGGUGAAAAAGAAGCUGCAGAAAAAACAUUCCCAACACUACCAAACUCCUGAGGAUUUUGUGGCAGAUGUCCGGCUGAUCUUCAAGAACUGUGAAAGGUUUAACGAAAUGAUGAAAGUUGUUCAAGUUUAUGCAGAAACACAAGAGAUUAAUUUGAAGGCUGAUUCAGAAGUAGCGCAGGCAGGGAAGGCAGUUGCGUUGUACUUUGAAGAUAAACUUACAGAGAUCUACCCAGACAGGACCUUCCAACCUUUGCCUGAGUUUGAACAGGAAGAGGACGAUGGUGAAAUAACGGAGGACUCCGACGAAGAUUUUAUACAGCCACGUAGAAAACGUCUAAAAUCAGAUGAGAGACCAGUGCAUAUAAAGCUGACAGAUGUGUGCAAGAAAGGGUACUAAAAAGAACCGUACACGUCUGACUUGUUGCGGCAUUCCCUGGAGAGGGUGACCUAAAUUUCAAAGAAAGCGAAAGAAGAAAAGAAAAUGCAUGUCUGCUAGUGGCCUGCGAACGCAGGGAUUUCUCAAGUUCAAGACACCACGAAACAUGUACAUAAACCUAUAACGAUUUGUGCAAUUGAAAGCCUGUUUUAAUUUUCUAUGUAAACCUACUCAUGGAAGGGUUAAAUUCACAGCAGUUUUGGAUUCUUUCUUGCUUCCAGUAACUAAACUGGUACUUUUUUGCACAUAGUUAACUUUGCUCAUCCUUCAAUAUGAUUCUUCAAAAAGUGCUGUUUCUGUGGUAUUGUAUUACCUGAAUAAUCAUAUUUAACUUUUUUUAACAAGGUUACAGUUUCUAAUUGUUCCGUUCCUGUGUUUUUUGCUGGUGUGUAAUAAAGGCAAGAUUUUUUUUUUUUCUUUUCUUGGUUAUUUAAUACAUUAGCUGCCUGUAAAUAUUUCUUGUUAAAUGCUCUGGAAUGUGGUGUAGAAGUUGUAUUAGAUCAGUUUAAAGCAUUGUUUGAAAACCACUUUGUUUUGGUUAUUUCUAUUAAAUUAGAAAAAA